AUGCAAGUACGACAAUCACCAACUUCAGAAACAAGAAUAUCAAAUGAACCUUUAACAUCAACACCAUCAAAUGAAUCAAUAAUAGAUACAAGUGAAGUACCAAAUGAAUCAUCGUUAGUAACACCUAUAGUGGUGCUUGAAGAACACGAAAUCUCAUAUUAUCGUCAAUCUGAUGUUGAAAUAAAGAAUAAAUUGUGUGGAGAAAUUCAAUAUGUCGUUAAACAAGCUCAACUAGCUUUUAAACUUGUUGAUAUGGCUUUUGAUGAAACAAUUAGUACGAGAAAUUUGUUAAUUGAACUAACAUCAUCAAUUGAUAAAUUGAACGAAUCAUUAACUGAUUUAUUAAUUUCAUGUAACGAAGAACUUGAACGAAUGCCACUUACAUCAAUAACUAUCGAAGAAUUAAAAUCAACAGAAAAUUUUGUGUCUCGUGAUCCAUCAUUAACGAAAGUUUAUAAUGAUCAAGAACUACGAUAUUUAGUUAGUCAAGGUCCAUGCCAACCUAUUUUAUCACAGUAUCCGAUUAAGCAAGCAUAUAGGGAAAUUCAUGAUAUAUGUCAUUUUAAUCCAAUGUGA